AUGAGGGCAUUGCGGCGUUCGUGGGCUCUGGCUGGCGCUUUGAAGAACUUGCUGAAAGUAUCCGACGAGGUUAGGGAUGCUCUAGCGACGAACAAGCCGGUAGUGGCGCUCGAGUCCACCAUCUACACCCAUGGAGCGCUUGGGAACGACCUCGACCUGGAAGGGAUAGUCCGCAAAACCGGAGGUGUCCCCGCCGUGGUUGGCAUUCUGGAUGGUGUGCCGACCGUUGGUCUGCUGCCCAACGAGGUCACUCAGAUGGUCGAGAACUCACCGAAAAAGGCGUCGAGGAGGGACAUAGCUUUCCUUGUCGGCAAUGGCAUGCUGGGCAACAAAAUGAAUGGCGGCACAACUAUCGCAGGAACCAUGAUUCUUGCAAGGCUAGCCGGUAUUCGAGUCUUCGGCACUGGUGGCUUAGGCGGUGUCCAUCGGGGCGGUCAUAACUCGUUCGAUAUAUCGGCCGAUCUGACGGAGCUGGGCCGCACCAGAAUGGCGGUGGUCGCCAGUGGUUGCAAGGGCUUCCUGGAUAUUCCUCGAACCCUGGAGUUUCUCGAGACCCAGGGUGUUCAUGUGUCAACCUUUGCCGAUGGCCGCCGGACUGGCAACGUUGACUUUCCAGCAUUCUGGGCCCGUGAAAGUGGUGUCAAGAGCCCUGCCGUCGUGCAAAAUGAGGAGCAGGCUGCGGCAAUGAUCUACGCACAGGAGACCUUGGGCAUUGAGUCAGCCAUACUGUUUGCAAACCCCAUUCCUGAGGAGUUUUCCAUCCCCAAAAGUGAGAUGGAUGCCAUCAUUGAGCAGGCGGUGUCCGAGGCGGCUGAACAAGGUGUCUUGGGGGCCGAGAAUACACCAUUCAUCUUGAGGAGAAUCAGAGAGCUCACGGAUGGUCGAAGCGUUCCCGCAAACAAGUCGUUGGUGCAGGCAAAUGUACACCGUGCUACCAAGGUCGCCGUCGCCGUCAGCCGUGCUAUCUCGGGCGACCUAGUUGCAUCUAAUCAAUCCAUUCGUGGAAGGUCGUGCUCCGGAAAGUGUAGCAGACAAAUCAUACCAGAAGACACUGAUCACAAGAAGCAGCAUGGGGAGCAGGCAGACAUAAUAGUCGCUGGCUCUGUUGCUGUAGACUUGAGCUGUGAUUACGUCCGCUCACAUGGCGCUGGCGAUCCCUCUCCCCACCUUCACACGUCGAAUCCUGCACAAAUAAGCCAAUCUAUAGGAGGUGUAGGCCGCAAUGUAGCACUCGCCGCGCACAAAGUCAGCGGGGACAUGAUGGUUAGACUGUGCACCAUGGUAGGAGACGACAUUGCCGGCUCGACCGUUCUCCAGUCACUAGAAUCUGCCGGUAUGGACACCUCGAGCGUGCGCAGGUUAGACCGGAAAUCGAGUAGGACGGCACAAUACGUAGCCGUCAACGAUGCUGAAAAGUCCUUGGUUUUGGCGAUGGCGGACAUGGAUAUAUUUACGGCCAACUCGUUCCCUGCUCACUGGAAUAGCGUCGUUUCAACAGCCAGGCCCAAGUUGGUUGUAGUCGACGCCAACUGGGCAGAGACAGAUAUCCGGUCGUGGGUGAAGGCAGGAAAACAAAGCGGUGCUCGCGUGGUGUUCGAGCCCGUUUCAACCGCAAAAUCGGCACGGCUAUUCUGCCCUUCCAAAGGCCACGAGAAGUUGGGCGUGUUCCCGAAGCCUAGCAUCGACCUCGCUACUCCGAACCAAUACGAGCUGGCGGCCAUGCAUGCGGCCGCCAAGGCGAACGAGUACCUCGAGGAUCCGUGCUGGUGGGAGAUCAUCGACGCAUUCGGAUUGAUGGGGGCAAGGGACCGCUUCAUCAAGCUCACAUCCGCAGCCAUGACCGAUACUGGCAUCCCGCAGCAGAUCAUGCAGCUGCUUCCCUACAUACCCACCUUAACUGUCAAGGUGGGAUCCGAAGGCGCCUUAUUGGCAACUAUUCUCAACAAGGAGGAUCCGCGGCUGAUCGAUCCUGCUCAAGACCCCUUUAUCCUGUCGAGGUGUUUCAGCGACCAUCCGCAUGUGGGCGGAGUGUAUAUGAGGCUGUUUCCUUCAGUAGAGCAUGUCGAGGACGUGGUUUCGGUGAAUGGGGUCGGGGAUACGUUUUUGGGUGUCAUGGUUGCGGGUCUGGCGCGGGGUGGACGGGUUGAGGACUUGGUGAAUGUUGCCCAGAAGGGGGCUGUGUUGACGCUUCGGAGUUCGGAGUCUGUAACAGCAUUGAACACUGCUGUUAACCUUAGGACCACAGCCAACGCAAUGUCGUCCAAUCGAGCGGACAAUUCGACGGACGAGGAGUCCGAUGCAUCUCUUGAGCAUUACGAGUCGGACGGAGACAGCAGUAGCGAAGACACCGCGCCACCAAAGCGAACGACCCGACCAAUCCUUGAGAAAGACUCGGACGAAGAAGAGCUCGAACGGCUCGUGUUAGGAGAUUCAGCAAAUUUUCGACAACAACUUUUCAAGGGCGAUGAUGCGGAGUCCCAUUUCGGUGGCUUCGGCGCCGAGGGCGAGCAAGAUGUAGACAGCAUGGAGGACCUCGAUGAUGCGCAGUUGUUCUUUCUCGAUGCGCCCCCGGCUGCCAGCAAACAGCUUGUUCAGGGUUCGAAAUCCUCAGCACCGCAAAAGGACUCGAAGAAUGCACCAGCAUGGGAAGACAGUGACGACGAGCGGUUGACAGUGUCACUGGCCAGUGUCCCCCAGCUUCGAAAGCUGAGAAUCAGCGAGGCUGAGGAUGUUGUGAAUGGAAUCGAGUACACAAAUCGAUUGAGACAACAAUAUUUGCGGUUGAACCCCUUACCUGGCUGGGCUAAGGCAUCUGAGCAACCGCCAAAGAAGCGCCGCCGAAGAUCUUCAGGUGCAACAGAUGACACGUCCGACUCGGAUUCAUCAGAAAGCGGAGCAAGCGACGGGGAGGACGAGGUUUCUGCACUGCCGUUGGACAAAUUCCUGCGCGACGCCCGAUCUCUCAAGGAAGGGAAAACCGCAAAAGCCAAGAAGCUCCGUCCAGAGGUCAUCAAUAUACAAAGAUCGAGAGAUAUGGCCGACAGUCACAAGGAUCCUGUCACGUCACUCUCGUUCCAUCCCAAAUACCCAGUACUUCUAUCCUCUAGUACCUCGUCAAUGCUGUUUCUACAUCACAUUGCGCCAACAGCACAUCCGACGCCCAACCCGCUUCUGACCUCAGCCCAAAUCAAGCAAGUGCCCGUUCGGCACGCCGAAUUCAUGGACCCUUCCGGAGACAAGAUAUUCUUUGCAGGCCGACGCCGCUUCAUUCACUCAUGGGAUUUGCCCUCGGGCCUUAUUCAGAAAACUGAGAAGAUCCAGGGGCACCACUUGGAGCAAAGGACGUGGGAGCGUUUCAAGCUGAGCCCCUGUGGAAGAUAUUUGGGUCUAAUUGCAUCAACUCGCAAAGGCGGUGGUAUCAUCAAUAUCAUUAACGUCAACACGAUGCAAUGGAUUGCUGCUGCUCGCUUGGACAGCAGAGGAGGCAUUGCAGACUUCGCGUGGUGGAGCAACGGCAAUGGGAUGACCAUCUUGGGUAGAAGCGGCCAAGUUGGCGAAUGGAGCAUGGCAUCAAGACGAUUCUUGGCCAUAUGGACUGAUGAAGGCUCCAUCGGUGGUACCGUAAUGGCCCUCGGUGGGCGCAACGGCCCUGUGUUACUGGGGACAGACAGAUGGGUCGCAAUUGGUUCCAAGAGCGGCGUCAUGAACGUCUACGAUCGACAAAAGUUGGUCCUACCUUCUAGUGACGAUGAGCUCGUGGUCGAGGAACACCCGGAGCCCGAGCGCAGGUUCAUGCAGAUGACGACACCAAUCACCUUGUUGACGUUCAGCCCCGAUGGGCAGAUUUUGGCAUUCGGAAGCAAACACAAGAAAGACGCGUUGCGGCUGGCACAUCUGCCCAGCUGUACGGUGUACCGUAAUUGGCCCACGGAGCAGACGCCGCUUGGGAGAAUCACGUCUUUGGCGUUUGGGAGAAAAAGCGAUACGUUGGCGGUCGGUAAUGAUGGUGGCAAGAUUAGAUUAUGGGAAAUCCGGAGCUAG